GCCAUGAAGAUAUAACUCAAAAACAGGGCUGCUUGUGUUUCGAUUUAAAGUCAGACAACUCCCAUCUCAAAUAUCAUGCUUGGUGCUGCUGUAAGACGAAAUGGAGACGAAAGGAUUCAAGGCACCUCGACCUCCCGGCAGACUUCCUGAUGACAAGUCUCCUUCUGUACGUCAGAAACUUGCCUUUAGUGGUGUGAUUAAACACAAGGUCACUGAGUCAGAUGUUGUUUCGACAUUUAAGCCCCAGUCCUGUACAGAGAGACCUGAUUCCCACCAGGGAUAUUCCAGCUGGAACUAUGUACCUCCAAUUCAACAACUGUUACAGAAUCCUUACUUUUCCCUGCAUGGAGUGACACCCAAAGUCCUAAUUCCCUACAAAACCAGUCCUGGCCAGACCCCGCGCAAAUUAGAGAUAGAGAGACGUCGAAGGGAAUACUCGCAGUUGGAUUUGGAACAGCUCCUGGUAGAAAAAGGCAUAGAUUCUGAAACCUUAAUCCCAAGACAAGUGAAAAAUAGUCAUGAGGAUGUAACCACAUCAUAUAGUCCGGGGUCACCUUUCCUUCCACUGGAGCUAUUUGAUAAUGAGGAUUUUGACAGCCGGACACCUGAAGACUGGCUUGCCCUUGGCUAUGCUGAAGGAUCACCUGAUCAAAAGCCUAUUCCUGCAAAAGCCUUUUUGCCAAAAGAUGAGACUCCUGAUGAUUUAAGAGGUCCACAUCUGGAGUACAGCUGGCAUUUAGUUGGGGUUCUUGACUAUUGUAAGGAGAAAUUCCAGUACCUUGUACAGAAGGUUUACCAGAACAACAGAGAGACACAUGAAGAAGGAAAUCCUAUUGUCAAUAAAAAACACAAGAAGAAAAUAAUUACCUUGGUUGAAGGCAGUAUGCAUUGGGUACCCAGGAUCAGACUGCUAUUCUGUGCUGAGGACCCACAUGUCUUUGCUGAACGAAUCAGCUUUGCUCUAAACACGAGGAAGGAUACAGAGGUUCAGAUUCUAUAUUCCAUGUCUGUGUACAGCAUGCCCAUCUGGGAGGGAAUGCCGUCUCUCAGUACUGACAGUCUCCAGCUUAUCAAAAGAUUAGCUCUAUCAGCUCCUGACCCCAGCAUGAAAAAAUUAGAGGGGUGUAUGACAGACUUGGAAAUGGAAGUCAAACUGGAAUAUGACCAUGUUAUGAACAGCAUGAUUUUUGACAAAGUAGUACAGAACAACCAGAGGGAGUUUUCACACAUCACUCUGCCACAGAAGGUCCCUGGGUAUGUUCCGCAAAAAGGCUGUGUUGCAGUUCCUCACUUCCCAUAUAAGGAGAACAGAAAUGCGUUUGCUUUUCACUUCCUACUAAAAAUCCCAGAGGUGAUUCGUGUGUUAUCUGAACUACAGUCUGAGUGCAGCAAGGUGGCAAACAUGAGGCUGUUCAAAGUUACAUCCACCAGACCACUUCAACUGAAUGAAUAUGAACUCAUCCAGUCUCACAGUCACACUCAGUUAAAGUUAUAUCUUCAGGAGAGGUGGACUGUCACAAUAAGCAGCAACAUCCUCUCCGCCCUGUGUGUCCUCGACAAGGGCCCGUUCAACGUGAAUGAACAUAGCUUCAGUAUAUACAAGAAUUCCAGGCUCUACAAACUGAUGAAUGUGGUGCUCUUCAACAUGCAGGACUCCUUGCGCUACCUUGUGCAGGAUUCUCUCAUCAGCCUGACUGAGUAUCUGCUGGAAGCCUGUGACAGUGUGCUGAUGUGUCCUCAGAACCUUGUCUGGGGAAACGAUCUCAUCAGUAGCUCCUACAAGUCAAAAAGGAAUCCUCUGUUCCUGGUGGAUUUGGUCCUUGACCACACUGGGGUCCAUUACAGCAGUUCUGUGGAGGAUUUUGUGUCAUCUGUCAUGAAAAUGUUUGAUGAGGGCAUUCUGGCCACAAGCGAAGUACCAAAGCUUGAUAAGUUCGUGUUGAAGAACAUGUUUAUCUACAGUAGGCAGUUACUUGAGUCAGUGGGUUUGUGGGAACCAAAAGUAAAUGAGCUGAGAGAGAAAAUUCGCAGUGCUCUUGUCCAAGCAGCAAUACCUCUCAGGGCUUAUGCUGCUGAAUAUGAAAAAUACUCGGAGCUGCACAACUUGGACAUAGAAGCUUUUCUGAGGUCUCAUAGUGCAGAGCAGACAUCCCAAGAAGUGAAGUCAGAGGUGGAACAACAUCUCAUAGAAACAGAAAGGCUUGAACAUUCUUUGCCAUCGUCUAUUGUGAUUGGUCCAUUUCUUGUCCGUGUAGAGGGUGUACGCCAGUCUCUCAUCAAUAAAAGAAAAGCUUUAGCCACUGCGCUGCUCGGACACCUUGCUCUGAAGCUACGUAAGCAGACUGACGAUGCAUGUGAAGAGUGUAACAAUAUAAGCAGAAAACUGAGUGAGAAGCCUAACAGCAUUGAAGAACUGACUGAAAAGAGAGAUUGGAUGAAACAAAUCCCGAAACAACUCAAAACCUACAGGAAACGUCUUGGCAAGACCUUGUCAGACUAUGAGGUCAUAGAAGCAAUGCGCUACUGUCUUUCAGAUGAAGAUGAAAACAAAAAGUGGACAGCCGUUGGGUGGCCCCAAAAGAUAUUCUGCCAGAUGCGAACAGUAACUAUCCAGCAUGAGGAAGAUGAGGAGCGCUUCCGCAAGCACCAGCUAGAUGAUGACAAGAAGUUUGAGGAGCAGCUAGACCUUCUGCAGAAUGCUAUUGCAUGGUUUGAGGAACAUUUAAAUAUUGAUCACACCCAUGAGAUAGCCAACAAGGUCAGUCUCACCAGCAAACAACUCCAGGAAUACCAGCGCAUGGCACAAACCUACAACACCAAACAACAUCUGCUUGGUUUACCUGUAUUGAAGUAUAAGCAUCUGCAAAAGGUGCUAAAAGAUUUCCAGCCUUUUAAAGACCUCUGGAUCGCCACUUCUGAUUGGCUACGUUGGAAGGAAUACUGUCUCAAUGACCCACUGUCCUCCGUUGACCCUGAACAGCUGAUGUGCAAAAUGACUGAUGCUCAUAAGAUGAUGAACAAAUGCAUUAAACAGUUUUCUGACAUGCCUGAUGUUCAGAUGGUGGCCACUGUUGUACUAAAGAAGAUUGAGGAAUUCCAGCCAUGCGUCCUUCUUUUCCAAUGCUUGAGGGACCCAAUGAUGAGGAACCGCCACUGGGAGACAUUUUCAGAACAAAUUCACAAGACAGUCAGACCCAAAGGCAACUUGAAACUUACCCACUACAUGGAGCUUGGCCUCCAGAACCAUGUGGAUGACUUAACUCAAUUGGCUAAGGUGGCUAGAAAAGAAUAUGCCAUUGAGCAGGCUCUGGAAAAGAUGGAACAAGAGUGGUCAACAGUAUAUUUUGAUUUGUUGCCCUGCAAGGAGACAAAAACCUACAUUUUAAAGAGCCCAGAUGAAGUUUUCCAAAUGCUGGAUCACCACGCUGUUGUCAUCCAAAGCUUGUCCAUCUCACCCUUCAAAAAGCCUUUUGAGAAUCAAGUCGACACCUGGGAGAGAAAGCUCAGAAUGACUCGAGCUGUACUGGAAGAGUGGCUGAUGUGCCAGCAUUUCUGGCUGUACCUGGAGCCCAUCUUUGGCUCUGAUGAUGCCAGCCAGCACCUGCCUGUGGAGGUUAAAAAUUAUCAGAUAAUGGAACUGCAGUGGAAGAAUAUUAUGAGAAGUGACUUUGAAAAUCAAAAGGUGAUUGAGCUGUGUACAGACACUCAUCUACAACGAAUAAUUAAGCAUUGCCACAUGCUUUCGGAAAAGAUUAAGAAAGGUCUUAGUGUGUACUUGAUGAAAAAACGAGGCUCCUUUCCAAGGCUUUACUUCCUGUCUGAUAAUGAGCUCCUGGAGAUUUUGUCCAAGGCCAAAAAUCCCACUGCUGUUCAACCAUACUUGAGCAAAUGCUUUGAGAACAUUGCACAGCUUAAUUUUCAGACAGACCUGCAGAUCACACAUGUGUGCUCUAGAGAAGGUGAGGAGGUGGAAUUGUUCCUGCCAGUGUGUCCCACUGGGAAUGUGGAAGACUGGCUGAGAGAUGUGGAAAUUUCUAUAAGGGCCACUUUGAGGGAAGACAUUGACCGUUUACUUAAAGUCUAUCCUGAUGUAAGUGAACUUACUUUUCAAUGCUUUUUGUUUUUUUUUAACUACUGUGUAUAUUGUUUUAACAAUAUCAAGAUUUUUGUGUCCCCUUUUACCCCUCAGAUGCCUCGUGCAGACUGGGUCUUAUCAUGGCCUGGGCAGGUGGUUAUAGCUGGCUGUCAGGUUUUUUGGACAGCAGAGGUGUCUGAAGCUUUGGAGCAGGGAGACUUGGCUAACCGCCUUUAUCCCCAACUACAAACUCAGCUGGGGGACUUAGUGCAGCUGACAAAAGGACAACUCUCUAAGAUGCAACAAGCUGUACUAUCUGCCCUCAUUGUAAUAGAGAUUCAUGCUAAGGAUGUGGUGUCCAAACUGGUGGAGCAGGAAGUCUCAAGCAUCAAUGACUUUGAGUGGAUCAGCCAGAUUAGAUAUUACUGGACAAAAGGGGACAUGUAUGUCCGAGCUGUGGACACAGAAUUCAUGUAUGGAUAUGAGUAUCUUGGUAAUUCUAAGCGCCUGGUCAUCACUCCACUCACUCACAGAUGUUACUUAACCAUGAUGGCAGCUCUACACCUGAAGCUGGGAGGUGCACUUGUAGGUCCAACAGGGACAGGAAAGACAGAAACUGUUAAAGAUCUUGGAAAGGCUCUGGCCAUCCAAACAGUGGUUUUCAAUUGUACCGGUCAGCUGGACUUUGUUGCCGUGAACAAGCUUCUCCAAGGACUGGCCAUCUCAGGUGCCUGGGUUUGCUGUAAGGAUGUUAAUCACAUUGAUGUGGAGGUCCUCUCUGUGAUGACACAACAGGUCUUCACUAUACAAAAUGCCCUGCACCAAAAUGCUGAGCGUUUUGUAUUUGAGGGAAUGGAGAUUCCUCUUGCCCCCUCCUGUGCUGUAUUCUUCACCAUGAAUCCUGCUUACACUGGUUACAUGGAAAUGCCUGGCAAUCUCAAGGUCCUGUUUCGUCCUGUUGCCAUGGCGGUCCCUGACUAUGCAAUGAUAGCUGAGAUCUCCUUGUAUUCAUUUGGCUUCCGGGAUGCCAAAGUCCUCUCUAAGAAGAUUACUUUAACUUUCAGACUCUCAUCUGAACAACUUAGCUCUCAGGAUCAUUAUGAUUUUGGCAUGAGAGCUGUGAAGGCUGUAAUUUCAGUUGCUGGAACCAAGAAGAGAGAAAAUCCUGACAUGAACGAAGAGCGGAUCUGUCUUCAGGCCAUUCGAGACAUCAGUGAACCAAAGUUUUUACAGGAUGACCUGAAGCUCUUCAGUGGCAUUUUGUCUGAUCUUUUCCCUCGAACAGAACUGGAGCCUUUUAAUUAUGCCAUACUAGAAGAGUCCCUGCGUAACACUUGCACAGCAAAGAACCUCAAAGAUGUGGAUGGGUUCAUCAAUAAGUGUAUUCAGCUGUAUGAAACCACUCAGGUGAGACAUGGCCUGAUGUUGGUGGGACCUCCUGGAUCUGGCAAAACUAAGUGUUAUGAGACUCUAGGUGCCGCAAUAACAGCUCUGGAGGGCCAGCCUGCUGCGAGAGGUGGUUUGUACCAGGCUGUUCAGAUGUAUGUUCUCAACCCGAAAUCUGUCACUGUGGGACAGCUCUAUGGGGAGUAUGACUGGCUUACACACAAGUGGACCGAUGGUAUCUUUCCAGCACUUCUGCGUAGAGGGGCAGCAUCUAUGGACACAAAGAAACAGUGGUACAUGCUUGACGGACCAGUGGAUGCAAUGUGGAUUGAUAACAUGAACACUGUAUUAGAUGACAAUAAAAAACUAUGUCUGAGCUCAGGGGAAGUCAUAAAUCUCACUGAUGUGAUGACAGUGAUGUUUGAGGUGCAGGACUUGGCAGGUGCAUCUCCAGCUACAGUGUCUCGCUGUGGAAUGGUCUACUUGGAGCCCAGUAUUUUGGAGCUCACCUUCAUCACAGAGUGCUGGCUGAAGCAAAUUCCUGAGGUCCUGAAACUUUACAUGGAGCAGCUGAACUACCUGUUUUCCACAUUCUUGCAGGACUCAAUAACUUUUGUGCGCACAUCAGUAAAGGAGUCCAUCACAUCUCUCGACAUCAACCUUAUCUGUAGUCUGCUUAAACUGAUGGACUGUUUCUUCAGUCCAUUCAACACUAAAGAGGGUGAGAUGCCUCCACCUCAAACGAAACUGGAGCAUCUCAAAGAGCUGAUCGAACCUUGGUUCUUUUUUUCGCUGGUGUGGAGCGUCGGAGCCACGGGAGAUGUAGCCGGCCGCCAGUGCUUCAGUGCCUGGCUCAAAAACAAGAUGGCAGAGGAGCGGAUUACCUUGUGUUUUCCUGAAGAAGGCCUGGUGUACGACUACAGGCUUGAUGAUGCAGGGGUUAAUAAUUCAGAGGAUCAAGAAAACCAGGAGGAAAGAAAAGUACAGUGGGUCAGCUGGAUGGAAAACACAAAAAGUGUUGUUAUCACCCCAGAAACACAUUAUGCUGACAUAUUUGUUCCAACUGCUGACACAGUGUCAGUGUCCUUCCUGUUGGACAUGCUUUUGACCAACAAGAAGCCUGUCCUGUGCAUUGGGCCUACUGGCACAGGAAAAACCACGACCAUGUCAGACAAGUUGCUAAAGAACAUGCCUGCUGAGUACAUCACACACGUUUUCGUGUUCUCUGCUCUCACUUCAGCCAACCAGACUCAAGAUUACAUUGACAGCAAACUAAUCAGAAGGUGGAAAGGUGUGCUUGGACCUCCAGUGAGGAAGCACUUCAUCUUCUUCAUUGAUGAACUAAAUUUGCCCAUGUUGCAAACUUUUGGUGCUCUGCCUCCAUUUGAACUGCUGAGGCAGUGGAUGGACUACGGUGGCUGGUAUAACAGGAAGCAGAUAGGGACUUUUAAUCGCUUAGAGGACAUCAACUUUGCUUGUGCCAUGGGAACCCCAAGUGGAACUCAAAACAACAUCGCUCAGCGCUUCACACGCCACUUCAACAUCUUGUCCUUUACUGAAAUGGACAAUGUCAGCAAGAAGCAGAUUUUCUCUGCCAUUCUAGAUAGUUGGAUAGGACCUGAGUCAGCAAUCAACCCCCUGAUUGAGAGUCUUGUUGAUGCCACUAUCCGAGUUUACACAGCCAUCGUAUCCCAGCUACUCCCAGCUCCAGCCAAGCCCCAUUAUACUUUCAACCUCAGACACCUGUCUAAGGUCUUCCAGGGUGUCCGCAUGGCUGAGGCUUCCAUGAUAAAGGAUAAGUUAGAGUUGCUGCAGCUGUGGUACCAUGAAAGCUGCCGAGUAUUCCAGGAUUGUCUUGUGUGUGCUGAGGACAGGGACUGGUUUAACAAGCUCCUGAAAGAUUGCAUUCAAGAGUUUGACUGCUGCUAUGAAGAGGUUGUGCCCUGCCAUCCUGUUUUGUUUGGAGAUUUCAUGAUUCCUCUAGCUGACCACAAAAUCUAUACACUCAUAGAAGAUAAGAAAAAGCUGGUACAAGUUAUGGAGAAUUACAUGGAAGACUACAAUGAGCACAGCGGGACCAAGAUGAAGCUGGUGCUUUUUAUGGAUGCCAUUGAACAUGUGUGCCGGAUCAGCCGCAUCCUGCGCCAGCCACGAGGCAAUGCCCUGCUGCUUGGAGUGGGUGGCAGUGGCCGCCAGUCACUCACCAAACUUGCCACAUAUAUAUCUGAGUAUGAGUGCUUCCCAAUUGAGCUUGCUAAGAACUACAGCCAAUCAGAGUGGAGAGAGGAUAUUAAAAACCUCAUCCUCAAAGCAGGCCUUCAAAAUCAGCAGAUCACAUUCCUCAUUGUAGACACACAGAUUAAGUGUGAGACAUAUCUGGAGGAUAUCUGCAGCAUUUUGAACUGUGGAGAUGUCCCUAACCUGUAUGGAGCAGAUGAAAAGGAGCAUAUUCUCACAGCAAUGAAACCAGUGGUACAAGACCAGGGCCAGAAGCCAACAAUUAAAAAUCUUAUGGCUGCCUACAUCAGGAGAGUCCGCAACAACAUUCACAUUGUACUCUGCAUGAGCCCCGUCAGUAAGAUGUUUCGCACACAGCUAAGGCUGUUUCCUUCACUGGUGAAAUGUUGUACCAUAGACUGGUUCAGCAUCUGGCCAGAGGAGGCUCUGCAAGCUGUGGCCACAUCAUUUCUAAAUGAGCUGCCUGAACUGGACGUCAGUCCCACAACCAUGAAGGGUUUGACGCUGAUGUGUGUGAAGAUUCAUCAGACAGUAUCAAGGAAGAGUGAGCAGUACCUUGCAGAACUAUCUCGAAACUUCUAUGUCACGCCGAAGAGCUACCUGGACUUGCUCAAAAUCUUCUCAGAUCUCACUGGAUGCAAGAAACAAGAGCUUUGCAGUUCUAGUUGGCAUAUAAAGACUGGUCUUGACAAGCUUCGUAGCACAACUGAAGAUGAAUGUAAGCUGCAGGAGGAGCUGAAGAUAAAAAAGCCGCUUUUGAAGGAAGCUGCCAGGGAUGCUGAAGUCAACAUGGAGACCAUUAAACUGAUAGGUGGACUUGCUGAUGAAGAAGAGCGUUGGAAGAAAACAGUGCAACAUCUUGACAACAUGGUCCAUAACUUAGCAGGUGACAUGCUUCUCUGUGCAGGAUACGUGGUAUACCUGGGACCCUUCACUGAAGAAUACCGGGUAGCCAUUGCAGAGGAAUGGCUCCAUUGUUUCAAAACACUGUGUAUUCCACACAGCGAUGAACCCAGCCUGCUCAACACUUUAGGAGAUCCCAUCAAGAUCCGCUCUUGGCAGAUAUCAGGCCUGCCCAAAGAUAACUUUUCCAUGGAAAAUGGUGUGAUUGCCCACUAUUCAUUGCGCUGGGCACUGUUCAUAGAUCCUCAGGGACAAGCCAACAAAUGGAUUAAAAACAUGGAGCGGGACAGCGGAUUGGAGGUAAUGAAGCUCAGUGACCAGGACUUCUUCCAUCGUCUCAAGAAUGCUAUUCGCUUUGGUAAACCCUGCCUCUUGGAGGAUGUAGGAGAGGAGCUUGAUCCUGCCCUAGAACCUGUCUUGUUGCAACAGACAUUUAAGCAGCACAACAACACAGUUCUGACGCUGGGUGAUUCAGUCAUCCCCUACCAAGAAGACUUUAAGAUGUACAUUACCACCAAGAUGUCUAACCCUCACUAUUCUCUGGAGAUUUCUACAAAAGUCACCCUCAUUAACUUCACCUUGUCACCAAGUGGCCUAGAAGAACUGUUGUUACGCCAGCUGCUGACUGAGGAGCAUCCACAGUUAGAAAAGAAAAAGAACCAGCUAAUCAUCAGUAAAGCAACAAUGAAACAGGAGCUGAAAGAAGUUGAGGACGGGAUUUUGUUACAUCUCAGCUCCACAGAAGGAAACCUUGUGGAUAAUAAGGAAUUCAUUCAAGUGUUGGAGACCUCUAAGAUCAAAGCUGGAGAGCUUAAGGCUAAAAUGAUGGAAACAGAAAAGACUGAGCGGGACAUUAAUGCUACUUUCCUGGAGUAUGCACCGGUGGCUGUACGCUCUCAGAUCCUGUUCUUCUGUGUAUCAGAUAUGUCCAAAAUAGAUCCAAUGUACCAGCACUCUCUGGAAUGGUUCCUUGACAUCUUCACCGCUGCUGUUGCCAACUCUGAGGCAGCAGAGACAGUAAAGGAGAGAGUCAGCAAUAUAAAUGAGUUUUUCACCUUCAGUCUGUACAGCCGUGUAUGCCGCUGCUUGUUUGAGAGACACAGACUCAUGUUUGCCUUCCUUCUCUGUGCUCGCAUCAUGAUGAAUGAGAACAAGAUUGACAUGAUGGAAUGGCACUACCUGCUCUCUGGAUGUAUGCCUGUCCAAGAACUGGCCAAUCCAGCAGAAAACUGGCUAUCAGACCGCGCCUGGCAGGAUAUUUUAGGCCUCAGUACUCUUGAAAACUUUAGCAAUCUGGCAGAGAGCUUUACCGAACACAUGCAUGUCUUCAAGAACAUUUUUGACAGCAGCGACCCUCACAGGGAGCCCCUUCCAGGAGAAUGGGACACCAGGUUGGACUCAUUCCAGAAGCUGCUGAUUCUGCGCUGUCUGAGACCUGACUGCCUCAUUCAGGGCCUGCAGGACUUUGUGUCUGUUCAGCUAGGACAACGCUUCAUUGAGCCUCAGACAUCAGACCUGUCGGUGAUCUUCAAGGAGUCGUCCCGUGUUACUCCCCUCAUCCUUGUCCUGUCGCCUGGCAGUGAUCCUGCUGCUGACCUCUACAACUUUGCUAAAUCCAUGCAGUUCUCCAAGAAAAUGAGUGUCUUGUCCCUGGGACAAGGCCAGGGUCCCUUGGCUGAGGCUAUGAUGCAAACUGCAAUGGAAGGAGGUCAGUGGGUCUUUUUCCAGAACUGUCACCUGGCACCCAGCUGGAUGCCCACCCUAGAGAGACUCAUUAACAGCAUUGACCCAGUAAAGGUACACGAAGACUUCCGCCUGUGGCUCACAAGCAUUCCCAGUCACAACUUUCCCGUAUCCAUUCUCCAGAAUGGUUUCAAGAUUACGAUUGAGCCUCCAAUGAGCAUCAAGGCCAGCCUGCAGAAAACCUACCUGAGCCUCACCAAUGAUUUUUUCUCCUCUUCUACCAAGACGGGAAACUUAAAGUCUUUGCUCCUGCCUCUCUGCCUGUUUCAUGGGAUUGCUUUGCAGCGAAGAAAGUUCGGCCCUUUGGGCUUCAACAUUCCCUAUGAGUUCACUGAUAACGACCUGAACGUGUGUAUCAGUCAGCUAAAAAUGUUCCUGGACAAGUACCAAGACAUACCGUACAAGGUUCUAAAAUACACUGUUGGGGAGAUUAACUAUGGCGGACAUGUGACAGAUGACUGGGACAGACGAUGUCUGCUCACUGUGCUGGAAGACUUAUUUUGUCCUGCUGUCCUUAGUGCUGAUCGUGUCUACUCAUCGUCUGGGGUCUGCCGGAAAAUAGACUCUAAUCUGGAUAUCAAGGGGUACUUAGCGUAUAUCCAUGGCUUGCCCAUCAAGGAUCCCCCAGAGAUCUUCGGUCUCCAUGACAACGCCACCAUCAGCUUUGCCCAGAAUGAGACCUUCUCUCUGUUGGAUGCCGUGGUUUGUCUCCAGCCUCGAGCUUCAUCUGUUGAAAGCAAAUCUCUGGAGGAGACAUUGGAAGAGAUUGUGGCGGGCAUAUCUGAAAAGGUUCCCCAACCAUUUAAUGUUCAAAAGGUGACUGAAAAGUACCCAGUACUCUAUGAGGAGUCCAUGAACACAGUUCUCAUCCAUGAGGUCAUCAGAUACAACAAGUUGCUGGUGGUCAUUUCUCAGAGUCUCGGUGAUGUUGUGCAGGCUCUGAAGGGUUCACUAGUGAUGUCCUCAGAACUGGAGCUUAUGGCCAACAGCUUAUUACACAAUAUGGUGCCUGACGUGUGGAAAGCCAAGGCCUACCCAUCUCUGAAGCCUCUGGCCUCCUGGGUGUCAGACCUGCUUCAGAGGAUUAAUUUCCUACAGAGAUGGAUCUUUAAUGGCCCUCCACCUGUCUUUUGGAUUAGUGGUUUUUUUUUCCCACAGUCAUUUCUCACUGGAACCCUACAGAAUUAUGCCCGUUGCUCUGGCACCUCUAUUGACACAGUUGGAUUUGACUUUAAGGUGAAAGCAAAGUCAGUGUCAGAGAUAACAGAAAUACCGAGCACUGGCUGCUACAUCCAUGGUCUAUUCCUGGAGGGAGCUCGCUGGGAUGACAAAGCAGGUCGGCUCACAGAAUCCAGGCCCAAGGAGCUCUACACACAAAUGGCCGUCAUCUGGUUGAUCCCCAAACCCAACCGCAAACGUCCACAUUCUGGGGUCUACCUCUGCCCCGUCUACAAAACGCUGAGACGAGCUGGGACUCUGACUGCCACCGGCCAUUCGACUAAUUACGUGUUUGCGGUGGAGCUGCCCACAGAUCACAGUCAGAAACACUGGAUCAGACGGGGAGCUGCCCUCAUCUGUGCACUGGACAGCUAAUCACAGCACUCUUUUACAUAAAUGGAUGACAUUGGUUCUGGUUGAAGUCAUGUGUACUAAAACUAAGCAAGUCAGAUUUUUCUUCAUGUAAUACACCCCUUGGCUUUAAGGAUUUAUUUUCUUAAACUCGUCCUGUGUAAUAAACUGGUGUUAACAAUUAAAAUAUGCAGAUGAUUUAGUCAUCUUUGAAUAUUUAUUUUUAGUGUUCUUCUGCAGAGUUUUUAGUAACAUCUCAUGAUCUGCACGUCCAGGAAAUACAGUUACCAGC